AUGGACGCAGCUCGCGGCGUCUUGUCCGACGAGAUGCGGACACUGUACGAAGCCCAGCGUCGAGCUCAUGAGACCGUCCUGGCUCUCCAAGCUCAAAUCGAAGACGAAGAAGCCGUGUACCUGGACGAGACACCGCACGGCAACAUCGUCCGUGGCUGGGACGGGUUUCUCGACUCGAAACAGCCGCGUAAGGACGCGAAUGUGCGGAAAACUCGGUCGUACACUGAGUCGGAGCACCUUUUCUCCAGCAGCUGUUUGUACACGAGCAUAGCCAGGGAGCCAAGUCUGGAUCAAGUGACGGACAUUUACGGCACAUCAAAGGACGAGAGUGGACCGUUGCGCAAGCUGACGGUCACGUUGUCCAUGGGGAAGGGAACGGGCGUCUCGGGGAGUAUCAGUGGCGUCGUGGGCAGUUCCUUCGGUGGAGCAGUCAAUCGAACGGCUACUGGAGAGCGGUCCCACGUGGACCUUUUGAUGCAAGAGAAGCCAGUGGAAGCUGUUGCUGUUGUUGCAAGGGAGAAAGGAGCAGCUACAGCAGCAGCAGCUCUGGGUUUACAACCGAGUCAAGUUGCUGAAGUGAAGAAGAGGAAGAGAGAGGCAGAGGUGGAAGCUCUUGGUCUUGAUGCUCCUGCUGCUGCUGCUGUUGUUCUUAGGGGUAUACAGGAGACGGCAUCAUCGGCUGUUGCUGCGACGAGUGCAGCUUCGACUGGAUCUGCUGUGAUGGCUCACCCACCUGCGAGUGAUUUUCUUGAUGUGCUGUAG